AUGGCAACAAACAUCUUACCGAUAGAAAUAUUACAAAAAAUAUUUUGUUCGCAAUUAGAACUAACAUCAUUAUACAAUUGUUUAUUAGUAAGUAGAUUAUGGUGUAAAACUGUAGUACCGUUAUUAUGGCAAACACCAUUCUCACAAUUUGAUAAAAAUAAAAUACAAAGUUGGAAAUAUAAAAAUUCUUUAAUAAGUACAUACAUUACUUGUUUAGAUUCGAGCGUGAAAGUGAGCCUUAAAGAUUCAAACGUAAUUUUACCAGAAGAACUUAACACGACAUCAACAUUUAAUUAUGCAUCGUUCUUACAAAGUUUAAAUUAUGUAUUAUUGUUUCAGUCAACAGGAAAUUGGAUUGGUGAAGUAGAAAAUUGUGCUUUACGCAAAUUGACAUUAAGGCAUUACCUUUUGGUUGAAGAAUUAUGUAAAUUAUUCUUUGCAUCAUCUCUAAAUUUAAAAGAAAUCAUUUAUGAUAAACCACAUCCUUUACCUCAUGUACAAGAAUUAAGUUACAUUCCCUUAAGAUAUUUGGAAGGUGCAGAACAAUCUUUGUCAAAUUUAAAUUCUUUUCAAAUAUUCGAUUUAAUACCGAAUGAAAUAUUAUUUACUUUUUCACAAAUUUCCCAUCAUUUAUUAGAAAUAAAAAUUGAAACGACCGGGGAUAAUGAUGAUGCUUUGGCUUCCCUUAUAAGUGUACAAAGAAACCUUCGAAAAUUAAUUAUAUAUAGUGAAGAUAAUUUACCUAGAUUAUCUAAGGCAUUAAAAUCCAUUUCAUUAUCAUCUUUAAAUCACGUGGAGAUCUAUUGGGAAUUUUGUAUACCCUUUGAUAUCUUUUGUAAUUGUUCGGACACUCUAGAAUUAUUUUCCGUACAACAAUUUGCUGGAAUUAUAUCUCGUAAUAUUUUUAAUCAUUUCUCUUAUACUCGAUUUACAAAAUUACACACCUUGAAGAUUGUUACACCAAAAUUAUAUUUAGAUCAAAUUUCUAUUCUUAUAAGAAAUACUCAAGGUAGUUUAAAAUAUAUUCAUUUAGAUUAUGAAAAAAUUUAUGGUACAGAAUUUUCUUUGGAAUUAAUUAAUAUUAUAGCAAAUUCAUGUCCCAAACUCGAUACCUUAGAAAUAUUUAUACCAGAUGAUUCAAUAUCCUGUAUUGUAAAUUUAUUAUCUUGUUGUACACAAUUACAAAAAAUUUCUUUUUUUACGGGUGAUUCUCAUGAUGAUUUGGAUGAAAAUUUUCUAUACACCGUAGAUAUUAGUGACGUAUUAUCCAAGAUCGGUAAAAUCUUACCUACAAGUUUACAUACAUUUCACAUGAGUCAUAAUUGGAUUACAACUGUAAAUUCUUUAAGCGAAUUUUUAUUGGAUUGUGAGAAAAAUUUAUCAAAGAGAGAUGGAAAAAAGUUGGAUUUUAGAGUGGGAAAAGAAUUAACUGCUGAGCAUAUCGAUGUUAUUGAAGAAUUUGGCAAACGUGAUGUAUUGGAUUUAACGAAUGCUACUUCUCUUGGAAGGAAUUUACAAUUCUAUCGUCAACAAAUUGAAUGGAAACGUAACGUUAUCGUGAAUAGGUAA